AUGGUGGAUGGAGAGAAAGAGAGAGGAGAGAAAAGCAAAGAAAGUAAGAGAGAGAGAAAAAAAUAGAGAGAAUAUUCAGAUUCUCUGUGGGUGGAUUCUUUUGUUGUUUUUGUGGUACAGUGAUUGCUUGAAGAGCAGGAGCUAACAAAAAUGGAAAGAUUAUUAUGAUGUUAUUAGGAAGUAUCUAUCUUUCUCUCCAUCCAUCAUUUCUCCUUUUUGCUGUAGACAAUAAGGCCUGUAUGUUAUGUGAGCAAGCUAGGUAGGCCCUGCCUUGUUUUAUUAUAUAACAAUACUGUACCAUCAUGCUCUGAUAAUGUGUGAUCUGUCAAUCUGAUUAUCACGAGGAGAGAGAGAGAGGGCUUGACAAUGGUUAGGUCACUUCUGCGGCAGAAUACAGAUGGUACUCUCACCCAAUCACCCUCCUCUCUAUCUCUUUCUCACCCCUCCCUCUCUCUUUUCGUGACAAGCGUAAGGGCUCAAGUGCUCUCUAUGAGUGGGUUUGAAUGAAGGCUUUACAGUAACUCACGAUGGGUCCGUUUUAUUGUAAUGGUAAUAGAACUCUGUAGCUGUACAGGGAUUUAACACGUGUUUGCAGAACCCAGGGUCUGAUGUUAAAUCAAUUUUUUUUGUCUCCCUUUUAGGACUAUCUGAUUCACCACAGUGUCUUUAGAAGAUAAACAAGAGGCAGAAUGACUCUCGCAGGUACAGUGUGUGUGUUUGCAUGUGUGUGAGAGGGAGAGAGAGGGAGAGAGGGAGAGGGAUAGAUAGAUUAAUGAUGGUCUUCUCUCCCCUGCAGCCUACAGAGACAAGAUACGGGAGCUCCCUCUAGUGUCCAUCUUCUGUUCCUGCAUCCUACCUGAAACCAAAGAAAAGCCCACUAAGAAAGGCAAACAGCUUUACACAAUUUUACCACAAUCUACCUGCAAGUCCCACAGCACACCAUAGAAGCCAUUUCAUUCAAUGAGCCAGAAAUCAGCUUACUGUAAUUAUCGUUUUUUGAUGCAGCUACACAAAUGGCACCCCUCCCCCUCAUUGGUAUUCAAUUUCCUUUGGGUCCUUCCUUUAUACAAUCUCACAAUUUUCUUAAUCUCUGCCCUCUGCAGAUGUGGUAGACCUGAAUCUGUGCAUCAUCAGGGAUAUGGAGGUGAUUGAGCUGAACAAGAGGAGGUCCGGCCAGGCCUUCGAGGUCAUCCUGAAGCCCCCCUCGUUUGACGGGGGUCCGAACCCCCUCGCCACCACACCCCCACGCAGGGAGCCCUCCCUGGAGGAGAUCCAGAGAAAGCUGGACGCCGCCGAGGAGAGGAGAAAGGUGAGGGGUCAGAGGUCAGGGGUCAGGAGGGAAAGAAAGCCAAUAUUUACUGUUUCUAGAUUUGUAUGGUGGAGAUGGGAAUGCUCACAGAAUGUUGGUCAGAAUUGAAUUUUUCCAGUUUGGUGGGGAGAUGGAAUUCUUAGAGUCAGGUGGGCAGUGUUGAGCAGGACUGCUUUGUAUCAUUGAAGAUGUAGGGACUCUGGUCUCUGUUCAUCCACUCACCCCUCCCUCUUCCUUUCUCUAUCACACCCUAGUGCCAGGAGGCUGAGUUGCUGAAGCACCUGGCUGAGAAGCGGGAACACGAGCGUGAGGUGGCCCAGAAGGCCCUUGAGGAACACAACAACUUCAUUCGGCUGGCCAAGGAGCGCCUGGAGCUGCGCAUGGAGAACAACAAGGAGAAACGGGAGGCACACCUAGCUGCCAUGCUGGAACGCCUGCAGGAGAAGGUAGAGUUACACUUAGCUGAUACCCUAGGCAGGGUUGGGGUCCAUUCCAUUUCAAUUCACUCAAUGCAGGAAGACUCUAGCUCCUUUGUUUUUUGUUUGUUUUUCAUCUGUCAUGGAUAAUAUCAUCCAUAUUCAGUCAGAAUAGUUCUAGUUGGUUAAGACUAAUCAUCCAUAGAAUAUCAUUACCUUUGACCAUUAUUUUCUUGAUAUGAAACGGACGGGAAGUCUAAAGGGUGGUGUCUGUGUUUCUCUCUUUCAGGACAAGCACGCUGUGGAGGUGAGGAAAAACAGAGAGCACAAGGAGGAGAGCGCGUAG